AUGCUGGCCUCUAGACGUUUUGCGAGUCGCCCGCUUACCUCCUUCCUUCGCCGCAAUUCCACCGCUGUCGAACCACCACCAGCCGGAGGCCAUCUACCUUCUAUUGCCACGUCUCAAUAUCUUCGUUCCACACGAGAGAGGGCUUUACAUACCCCUGGCCUACAAUGGAACGAUGAGGAUGAUCCGAAUGCAAUCCUCGGCGCUGAAAGGGAAACUCGCAAAAUGAACCUCUACCAAGCCGUUCGUGAUGCCCUUAGGCGCGUCGAACUUUCAUUUCAUUUACCUUCUGGCUCACCGACGUCUAGCAUUGCCCUCACCAAGGACGACAACGCGGUUGUAUUUGGGGAAGACAUCGCGUUUGGCGGAGUAUUUCGUUGCACGAUGGGCCUCGCUGAAGAGUUUGGUCGUGAACGGGUAUUCAACACACCGUUGACGGAACAAGGCAUUGCUGGCUUCGCGAUUGGAAUGGCGGGUAUGGGGCAUACUGCUAUUGCGGAAAUUCAGUUUGCGGACUAUAUUUACCCCGCAUUUGAUCAGCUCGUCAACGAGGCUGCGAAAAUCCGCUAUCGCUCUGGCGGCUCGUUUAACGUCGGUGGGCUCACGAUCCGUACGCCGACCAUGUCUGUUGGUCAUGGUGGUUUGUACCAUUCGCAAUCGCCUGAAGGUUUCUUCAUGGGUGCAUCUGGUCUCAAGAUCGUGAUACCGCGUUCUCCGCUCCAAGCGAAAGGCUUGCUUUUGAGUUCGAUUCGCGACCCCAAUCCCGUUAUUUUCAUGGAGCCCAAGAUUCUCUACCGUUCCGCCGUCGAACAAGUUCCGAUGGACGACUUCACACUCCCACUCGGGCGGGCUGAAACUCUUGUGUCGGGCACUGAUCUUACGGUACUGUCUUGGGGCACGCCAAUAUACCACUGUGAAACGGCUCUCGGUAUGCUGGCAAACCCACCGGCAGGUAUUGCCCCGCACGUGCCAGAAUCCCUCCGAAAAGCCAAAAUCGAGCUCAUCGACCUUCGCUCUAUACUACCUUGGGACGCGGAAACCGUUGCUGAGAGUGUCAAACGGACGGGCCGGUUGGUGAUCGUUCACGAGGCCGGGAUGACAGCAGGCGUUGGCGCAGAGAUCGCGGCUGAAGUGCAGAAACGGUGCUUCCUCAAACUUGCGGCUCCGGUGAAGAGGGUGACUGGUUGGGAUACGCCUGUGGCAUUGCAGUAUGAAAAGUUCUACAUCCCAGACGCCGUGCGGAUAUUAGAUGCGAUAGUCGAGACUCUGUCGUAUUAA